CGUCCCCGUUCGUCGUGCAUGUGAAUGGUUUUCUCCUGCUCUCAUGCCUCUCGAGUAUCCUAUCCGAGUGUUCCACGGCGUUUCAUAGUGUUCCACAGAGGAGAUAACGCCAUAGACGAAAAGAAAGGGUGAGAGGGAACUUGGAGACCUGUGCGUUGUUUCGUCUCAAACAUUUCCCAAGAGGAGCUCCUAACUAGUGAAUUGUUUGAGGAAGCAUGGCUUUACGUGGAAAGGCACCCGGGAUUGUUGGACUCGAUCGCGGCCUUGGGCGCGACCUCGAGCGCGGCCGCGACGGAGGUCGAAGCGCCUGCCUCCCCGGAGGAAUCCCAAAUUCCCCACUGCUACACAGAGGCGAGACAAGGUCGAUCAGAUCGUCCCUGCUUGGGUCAGCCCGUCAGACAAGUCGCAUCACAUAGUUCCCACGUUCCGCAAAAUUUUCCCACCGAUGACUCCAUAUUGGAAGCACGGUGUCAUUUGACAGAAACAGGAGCCUCGGCAAACGAGGUAAAUAUGCACCUGAUGCCCUCAACCAACACCGAGGCGACGGUCGAAAUUGAAAACUCAACAUUUUCCCUGAAUGAAAUCCUGGUCCUACUUGACAAACUGCCUAAGAUGGACCCGCGAGCGAAUUCACCCACCAUCUCUGCCCCACAGCAGACAAACGAAUUCAGACAAAUUUCCUUCGGUGCCUCGACGUCAGACGGGUCAGACCAACUGGGAAACGAAGCACUGUCGACACCAUUUUUCUUUCAAGAACAAGUUCCUUCUGGAAUGGGAGCACGCUGCGGUCCAACAGUAACCGGAGCCUCAUCAAUCGAAGAAAGAAGCCAUACGACGCCCUCGACCAACAUGGAGACCAUGGUCGAAACGGAAAGCUCAACAUCUCUCCUAAACGAAUUCCUGGAUUUUCAUCAGACAAACGAAUCCAGACAAGAACUUUCCUUUCAUGACGCGAAGCCAAGAGGAUCCGAUCGACUGGAAAAUGAUCUACUCUCGAGGGCGUUGAUGGAGAGUAUAUACUCUCAGGCACGAGUUCCUUCUGGAACGAGACUGCGGUACGACACGACGACCGAGGGAACGAGGCACCCACCCCCCUCGGCCGACCUCGAGGGCACCGGGCUCGCGGCGGAAACGGAGAAGCCGAUUUCCCUCGACGAACUGCCGUCCCCGCUCGGCCGAAAACUCGUUGCCCUCGCGACGGAUGGACCCGAUCGGCUGAGGAUCGAUGCCAUGUCGGCCACCUUCAUCGGAGAUUUUCUCUCUCGAGAAGUUCCUGCUGGCGCCGCGAACGGGAGAAAAACGACCCGAAAAAGGAAGGAACCCUCGACGGACCGCAAAGAAGAACCGGACGCCGCCCACAAGCGAGCGCGGAACUGCGAGUACGCGAGGAAGAGCCGGCAGACGAAGAAGCAGAAGGAGCAGCUGCUCCAGGCGGAGCUCGAGGCCGAGGAGGCGCGGAACGAGCGACUCGAGCGGGAGAAACUGGAACUCUCGACCAUUCGGGACUGGUUCAAGCCAUUCGUGCUGGGGCGCGUCUCGCGGGGGGCGCAGAGACGCAAUCUGCUCGCCGAAGAAUGGCCUUACCCUACGAAUAUAUUUGGUCAUGGAGUUGGGGCUUAUGGCAUGGAUGUCUUGGAAGCCCCAGCAUUUAUUGCAUCAGAGGACUCCCCAGUUGCCACUCGCCAGACGAAUGGCAACUCAGAGGCAACAAACCCAGGAGUCACCGGGUUGGGGCAAGCCCAAUCACUCAGUUCUCAUGUUCCUCUGGUUCCUCUCCAUGACUCCAUACAGGGAGCAUAUUCUAAUAGAGAAGAAACAAGAGCCCCAGAAAAUGAGGAACUGAGGCAAAUGUUGCUCUCACUCGAAUUUGAGGGCAUCCAGGACAUGGACAUGAUGGAAGAUCCAACAUCUUUUUCUCCAACUCAACUGCUAGCCCGACCAGAACCACCAGGGAUGGAUGUGGCUACAGACAUGCUGAAUGUCUUUGACCCACAGCGGAUCAAUGAAUGCAUACAGGCAAUUUCCUUUGAUGCCUUGACAUCUGAUGAUCCUGAUCAACUGUGGAAUAUAUCAAUGUCAACAUCUAUGAUUGGGAACAUUCAAGAACAAUCAAUUGAACUGGGCAUAUCUGACAUGCUCAAGAUGGAAUACCCAGCAUCCUUUCCUCCGGUGCUGUCCCUGCCUGAGCCAAGGGAUGCACUGACAAUUUCACCGAGUGGCCUUGCCUUACAGCUGGCAGGUGAAAUUGGAGAGGAAUUUACCUUUGAUUCUUCGGUGUUGGAUGGGCCCGAGCAACUGGGUGAUGAUGCACUGUCUAGGGUUGAGAGUCUUGGUGUGCAAAAUGAAGAUCAUUCUGGAAUGGAGGAGAGCAGAGCAAUAGAGAUAGGGACAAAUACAAGGGAUGAACUGUUGGUGGGCAACAAGCAAGAGGAGCAAGAAUCAGAUGCUGGCCGCAAGCGUGCCAAGGCCAGGGAGUAUUCCAGUAGGUAUCGGCAGAAGAAAAAAGAUAUGGAGGAGAAGCUGAAGGAGGACUUGGAGAAGCUAAAAUAUGGAAACCAUCAACUUGAGCAAGAGAAUCAAGCACUCAAGCGAGAAAAUCAAGCACUUGAGCGAGAAAAUCAAGCACUUGAGCGAGAGAAACAGGCACUCGAACGAGAGAAACAGGCACUCGAACGAGAGAAUCAAGCACUUAAGCGAGAGAAACAGGCACCUCUCAGCACCCUGGCCUAGCUUGAGCUUGAUGUGAUUUGGCUUGUCUUGCCCCAUGUGUUGCUUCUUGUCUCCAGAAGGGUGAGGACAUGAUGCAUAAUAUGGAUUUUUUCUCUCAAUUUUACCAUGCAAGAGUCUUACGUAAGUUAGCAUGUUCAGUAGUUUUUGCUAUUACUUGGGAACUUGAGGCUUGUCUAGUUAUGCUGUUUUCUUUGCUAUUAAAUGGUGAUGCAAUGAUAGAGUUCAUGAGUGAAUCUUGGAGAUCCUGAUUCAGGUACAUGAAUGGGAGUGAAACUUUAUUAUUCCUUAGCUUUCAGUCCUCAAAGUGAUUCCUCAUCAUGAAAAGGACAGGUGGGUGGAAAGAAGAGCCAUGCCCACUCUCACCAGCCAAGUGCAAAGCAACAUCAAGCAUCAGGGGUUUCAUGUAAAGUUUAUCAAUUCCAUGUGACAACUUCACUGAAGUCUUGACUGAAAAUUUUCUAAAAUGGGUGAAAUUGUUUUGAAAUUCAAAAACAUUGACCAGAGCAGGAAAUCCUUUAUGCCCAUUGUUGCUAGUCUUAUUGUUCCUUGUGCAUGGGAGAUAGGGGCUACUUGCUUGUAGAGGAACAAAUAAUUGAAAUUGUCAGCCGAUUCUCCAGUUCUGUAUUAGUAAAAAUAUGGAUUCAAGUACAAUUUCUGGGCAUUAUUACACAUCAAUUCCUUUCAGUGUACUUAGUAGGCAGUGCAAUAUUUAUGGUCUUAUUGAAAAUGUGAGAAUUAGUUCCUUUUUGCCCUCACCCACUCCCCUAUCCCGAAGGGUGAGUCCAUCUGGACUCUCCCUCUAUGGCAUUCCUCAUGCAUUGCACAACCACCAAGACAAGUGCAUGAGUGUUCAAUUUCAUAUUUACUUUAGUUCUCAUUCCAAAUGAAAAUUCAUGAGUUCAUAUGAUGAGUAUAAUGACAUGCAUUGUGUAUUGUGGAAAGAUCUGGG